UUUAUACCCGCCAAUGGGCAGGUGGCUGUACUGACGUGGCAGCCUGUGGACCGCUGGUGUCCCAACUACCAAAUCUUUAGCAUUAAAUGCACUUCCCGCCAGAAUCUAGGUUUCCCGCCGGAUCAGUGGGGACGUUCGUCCACCCGGGAAGUGAGUUGGAUUGCACCAAGUGACCCUUGAGGGAUAUUGGCUGUUCGUCUCCUGGCCUUGAUAGAUACUAACCAUGUGCACUGGGUUUCCUCCGAUGACUACAGGUUUGCUCUGGGGACGUUCGUCGCCAUCCCUGGUGGCCCGUGGCUCUGCUCCUUGUCCCUGCAUAGACGUUCGUCGGAAUGAGCUGCUGGGCCUGAGUCCUCCAACACCAGACGUUCGUCCCUCCUUAAAGAACAUGGGCCUGUGGGCUGGCCUAGUUUCUAGUUGGACGCUCGUCUGGCAAAAUGGGUUAGUGGGCCGGACCUCGGCUUGGGCCCUUAACCCAACACAAGUCCCCCACUUCUGAUGUUCUGAGCAUGCGCAGGACAUAAGGAAGUAUGAACCUUCCCGAAGUGGACGUCCGUAUCUUGGCACUUGGUGGAAACGUACGCUCGUGGCCAUGGUGCUUGACAGCUGUUGACGGUUCAGGAAACGAGGUGACGGCUGAUGUUGCGGCGGCGCAUUUUCCCGAGGAAGUGUCAUCAUUACGUUCCCAUCCCACGCACAGCGCGUGGGCUGGAAUACGCUCCUUGCCACGUGUCAGCCCCUCGUUGGUUUCUCCUUCGGUGCUUCCCUUAUAAAUGCUGGGUUUGCCCUCUGAAUUAGGGUUCCCAAUUUCUGUUCUCUUGCUCUCGAUUUUCCGCAGCUCUUCAAGUUUCCUGAAUUCGGCCAACCAUACCUUUGUAAGGUAAUUUCCCCCCUCUGCUUCUUUCCUUUACUCUGAUUUCUAGCCGGAAUGACUUCGAUGGAGAUUUCCUCGAGUUCUGAUUCCGAUUCGUCGGGUUCCUCCUCGGGCUCCUCUUCUGAAAAUGCUAAUGCACGCUCCCUGGGAAAAACUAGUGUUUCCGGGACCUCUGGUUCGGCCACGACGGUGGGGACCAUCCGGGCUGAUGGCGAGCCGGAUGAUGUGUCUCAAGAUAGUGGGAGCGACGCCAGGGGUGGGGAUGCCGAUGAGGCAGUGGACGUUAUUGAUGCGGUCCCCCUGAAUGAGCGUCCCGCUGAUUAUGAUUCCGGAGAGGAAGCCGAAUCCGGUUCUGAUAUGGAGGUGUAUGAUCUGGGCAUCCCCACGGAUAUGGAGCGCCACAUCUGCCCGAUUAGGAGCGCCCUUGACCACGACCAAGUCCUCUCCCGUGUGGCCCUCAAUAAAAUCCGCACCUUCCUUCCUCCGCCGUUCGUCUGGAGUGUGAGAGGCGCUGAGCAUGUGAUGAGGAGACGUCCGGGGAUGAUCAUGCUCCACCUGGAUUCUGUUGAAGCCGGGCUGCGGUUUCCACUUCAUGCGUUUUAUGUGGAGUUCUUCCACUGCUUCCAGGUGGCCCCGGCGCAAUUCAUGCCAAAUUCUUACAGAUUCAUAUCGGCCUUCUUGGUGCGCUGUAAACUCGCGGGGGUCGAUGCCACUUUGGAGCUCUUCCAUUAUUUCUACCGCGUCACUCCUCAGAAUGCCGACGGGUAUCUGAGCGUGGCCGCACGUCCUGGGAAGCGGCUGUUCAAGAACUACCCCUCGUCCAUCCACGACUGGAAGAACCGCUUCUUCUUCCUUCGAUACGACGGGCCUCCCCUCCCUCUCCGGUGGAACGGGUAUCCCCCAAAGAUUGAGUCGCCGGAGCCGACCGACGAUCUGCUUUUGGAUGCGGAGAAGGUGUCGGAGGGUGGCGUCCGUCCCAUAGCCGGAUUUCUGACCUUCGAGGCACUCUCUGGGGCAGGCAUAGGUCCACCGCCCGAUAGAGACCAAAUGAAUCACGCCGAGUGUCUGAAGACCAGGAAAGCCAAGGCGGCCGCGGCUAAAGCUGCGAUGGCGAAAGCCAAGAACGCCCCUGCCUCGGAGUCCCACUCCUCGGCCUCUGAUGCUGCCAGGCGAACCGCCGAGGGUGAGCAACAUUUAAUCGCCACUAUGCUGGCCCAGGGUUCCGGGGCCCCUGCUCUCGAAGCCGCCCUUCCGCCGCCGGUCGUCCCAACGAAGACGGCUCCUCAGAAGGGGACUGAGAAGGUCCCUGAAAAGAAGCAGAAGAGGGGCCGUGAGGCAGCCUCCUCCGGGCCUCUGCUCGAAGACGCCGGCUCUCUGCCACUAAGCCGGCCGGCGGAAGACCUCUGGAGGGAGAUGGCCCUCAGUGCCGGUCUUGAGUUGCCCCGCCGUUCGUCGUCUGAGGCGACCAGUGCUGCCCUGGCCGCCGCUCUUCAGUCGGGGCUUCUAGUCCUUCAGGCUGAAGCUGCCAGGGAGGCCGAUCUGAAGGAGGCCAAGGCUAAAGCUGAUGCGGCCGUUGCUGCGGCACGGGAGGCCGCCCGUCGAGCUGAUGCGGAGGCCGCAGCCAAGGGGAGGGAGAUUGCCGCCCUGCAGGCUGAGUCUCAUAGCCAGUUGGCCGCCCUUGAAAGAGCCGGUUUUAAGCUUGUCCCGGUGCUCCCUGCCGCCAAGGAUGCCACUCCGGAGUGGUUGGUUGACACCUCCGGCUAUCGGAACACUGGGGAGUUUAUGGACUCCGCCAAGGACUACUGCGCCGGGGUCUUCGCCGAUUUGUUCGCCGCAGCUCUGGAGAAGAUUCCGCCCCGCCAGCGCCUGGCCCGCGGCGUCCGGAUCCUUGAGGGCUCUCCCCUGUCUCGCAAGUUCCUAUAUGAGGUCGGCGACAGCACCUUCGCCGCCGGCUACAAUGAAGGGGUAAAGGCCACCCUACCCACGUUCGCCAAGCUGCUGGGGCCCGACUUUGACUUGGCGGCCAACACGGAUGACGAUCUCCUAAUCCAGGCGCUAGGGAAACUGAGGAGGGAUCAGCGCCGGGAGGAGGCCAAGGCCAGGGGGGAGAUUCCAGAGCCGCCGACCCCCGAGCCUGAGGAAGAGGAGGAGGAGCCGAACAAGGGCAGCAGCCGCCCAGGGUCCCCUUUCUUUGUAUAAUGUCAUUUACAUUUUUCCAUUCCAGCUAUUUGUAAUGUCCGGCCGUAAGUGCCGAAGAAUACAGAUGUCUUUUUGCCCAUAAUUGUUCUAUGUUCAUGAUUUCUG